CUGUUUUUUCCCGCAAGAGGGCCAAGGCUGCUGCAUAGCCAGGAGAAGGAUAAAAGGGCUGGGAGGGCUGGGGCUGCUUCGAGGGGCGAGGACGGAGGAAGUGCCAAAAUUACAUUAUUUAGACUUCAUUUAAAGAGCCCAAUAACUUGUUCUGUGCAAACAGUGGCUUGAAAACUGCAGCCGGCAGAGCACUGGCCCCUCCCGCUCUGCAGCUUUCGGCGAGGACCAGGGAGUGUGGGGUCUCGCCGGGGCAGGGUGUGGAGCAGCUGGAGCAGAGGUCUCGGAGCACCAUGCACUGUGUAAAUCUCAAGCUGGUGGCCUUUGCCUGCGUGACGGUGGCUUUCUGGGCGGAGGGCGGCCAGCGGAGGGCGACAGGUGGCGGGAGCAGGCGGCGAUCCCACCGGGUCCAGCAGGGGCAGUGCAGUUACACCUUCGUCCUGCCCGAGGCCGAGCCGCAGCCCUGCCCGCCGACGAGGGCGACUCUCCGCGCCAACACGCUGCAGGGGGACUCGCCCGCCGCCACGCUGCAGACCCACAACUGGUCCGCACAGCGCGUGCAGCAGCUGGAGAGGGUCCUAGAGAACAACACCCAGUGGCUGCUGAAGCUGGAGAGCUACGUGCAGAUGAACGUGAAGUCGGAGAUGGUCCGGAUCCAGCAGAACGUCGCUCAGAACCAAACAGCCACCAUGCUGGAGAUUGGUACCAGCCUCUUGAACCAAACGGCGGAGCAGAGCAGGAAACUGACGGUUGUGGAAGCGCAGGUUCUGAACCAAACCGCACGCAUCGAGAUCCAACUGCUGGAGAAUUCCCUGUCCACCAACAAGCUGGAGAAGCAGCUGGUGCUGCAGACGACUGAAAUUCGCAAGCUGCAGAACAUGAACAAUGUCCUAGAGACGCGGGUGCUGGAGAUGGAGACCAAGCACCAGACAGAGCUGGAAGGGAUCCGCACAGAGAAGGAGAAGCUGCAGCGCUUAGUGAGCCGCCAGAGCCACACGAUUGAGGACCUGGAGAAGUCCCUCCACGCUGCCAACAGCAACACCAGCCUGCUCCAGCGGCAGCAGCUGCAGCUCCUCGAGUCAGUCCAGAGCCUGGUCCAGCUGGUCUCGCAGGGCAAAGCUCCCCUCGCGAAGGAAGAGCAGGUGUCCCAGGACUGUGCUCAGACCCGCCGAGCCGGGUUUAACGCCAGCGGGGUUUACACCCUCCACGUCACCAACAUGACGGAACCCAGGAAGGUGUUCUGUGAUAUGGAGACAGACAGAGGUGGGUGGACGGUGAUACAGCGCCGAGCCAAUGGCAGCGUGAAUUUCCAGAGGAAGUGGAAAGAAUACAAACAGGGCUUUGGAGACCCUGCCGGGGAGUACUGGCUGGGGAACGAAGCUGUGCAUCUCCUGACAAACCAGGCUUCCUACUCGCUGAGAGUGGAGCUCCUGGACUGGGAAGGAAACCAGGCCUACGCCCAUUAUGAGACGUUCCAGCUGGGCAGCGAGCGUCAUCUUUACAGGAUCUCCCUGAAGGGCUACAGCGGCACCGCUGGGCAGCAGAGCGGCCUGGUCCUCCAGGGAACCAACUUCAGCACCCGCGACUCGGAUAACGACAACUGCCUCUGCAAGUGCGCCCAGAUGCUGUCGGGAGGUUGGUGGUUUGAUGCCUGUGGUCUGUCGAACCUGAACGGCAUCUAUUAUCCCGCCAAGCACAAUGUCCGGAAGCUCAACGGGAUCAGGUGGCACUAUUUCCAGGGACCCAGCUACUCUCUAAAAGGCACACGCAUGAUGAUAAGACCUUCAGACUUCUAGCGCCCCAGAGCGUGGUGGGGCAGAGGGCAAGCCAGGCUCCAGGCCUCCGAACUGGCAGGCAACAGUCCAUCAUGGAACUGGUAGGACCAUUAGACCAGCCACAGAUGGCAAAGGAACAGGGACACAUCCUAGCAGGAGCAGGCUCUUGUAACCCAAUGCCUGGGGCUCCAGAGCAGGGGAAAGGAGGAAGACCUGGAGCUAAGCGGAGAGAUGACUCUGGGCCUGGCCUCUUGGGCCUCCAAGGAGGAGGAGAAGAAAGAACAAUCAGAAAAAAAAAUCUAAAAACUAAACUGUCCCAUUGGUGUGAAUUACAAGUAUUGGGCUUUU